CUGUUCCCACUACCCCACCAGAUCCCAAGCCGUAUUCACCUGCUCCUCUAUUUUACGUUUACGUUCAUUCUCUAAAGAUUUCUGGAAUGGGCAUUAUUGACGUUUUUGUUUUUGGGUUUCAGUUAAGGUAGCAGAAAGCGUUGAUCUUUGUGAAAGAUGAAGGUGGUGGCUGCAUAUUUGUUGGCCGUCUUGGGAGGCAACGCCACCCCCUCAGCUGAUGAUAUUAAGCACAUCCUUGGUUCCGUUGGAGCUGAUGCUGAUGAAGAUAGGAUAGAGCUCUUCCUAUCGCAAGUCGAGGGCAAAGAUAUAACAGAACUUAUUGCUGCUGGGAGGGAGAAGUUGGCCUCGGUGCCUUCUGGUGGUGCUGGUGUUGCAGUUGCUGCUGCUGCACCUGCUGGUGCUGGAGGUGCUGCUGCUCCAGCCGCAGCCGAGACAAAAAAAGAAGAGAAAGUGGAAGAGCAAGAGGAGUCUGAAGAUGACUUGAUGUUCAGUCUUUUUGACUGAAGGAGAUGUUGCUUGCUUGGAAAUAUUCUUUUCUCAACUCAAGCCUUUACUUAGAUUCUGAAAUGUUGCCAUCAAUAGAUUCUAAUUGCUAUCUAGCUUUUUGGUUUUUGAUAGUUGUUGGAUGAGACAUUUGUUUGACAACGUUGGAAUUAAUUUCUUAUUCUAGUUUUAAAUCUUUAAUGAAUGUUUUGCAUCCUU